AAGCUACUAUGCGUUUGGAUCCAUAUAUUUUUUACAUUUUCGAAAGAUUCAGAGAGAAACAAGCUUAGAAUUUAAGCUACCUCAACCUAUAUAUACAUAUAGCUCCAUACCGACACGAAUUCUCUCGAGCUCUCACUGCUUCUUCAAGGGAACAAGUUCAAAAAUUUUAUUUCAAUUUGCUGAAAAAAAAUGUACCAAGAUUUAUUUUCUGAGCGCCCUCUGUUCGGCGGUGCAAUAGCUAGCACGUUUCCUGAUAGGUUCCAGGAUGUGAGCAACAUUCGGCAAGUUCCUGAUCAUCAGGAGGUGUUUGUGGACCCUGCCCGGGAUGAGAGUUUGAUCUUUGAGCUAUUGGAUUUGAAGCACGAUGUUGGUGAUAAUGGAAGUGCUACAUGGUUUCUUCAAGAUCUUGCCACUGAACAAGAUGCUGAAGGAAGCAUGGUUAUUGAACAGUCUGGAGUUAUCGAGGCCCCUGCAUUAUGUUACAGGAACACACCUGCCGUUGUUACAACUGCAGUAGGCCAAAUGGCAAUUUCCAAGGGGCGGCAAGGAAGGGAAGCACAAAACAUUGUGAGGGUUUAUGUGGCAAAUCUGCGUCUUAAGGAAGUUACUACAGAUGUGCUAAUUACUGCUUAUGAGCCCAUUCACAUAAAUCCUCUGAGCGAAAGUGCUAAUGCUGUUGCUGCUGGUUUUGCUGUUCCUGCUACACAAUCUGGAUGUAUGCCAAUGGCUGAGGUCUUUAAACUUGCUGUCUCUAGCUUCAAGGUGAACGAGUGGAGCCUUUUUGGUAAUGUGGCCUGAAACAGAUGAUACAGAGCUAUGUUAAUAGGUAGUCUUAGUUUUUAUAUCUAGGAGAGGAUUCUUUGAAUUUUGGUUUUAUUUCCUCACAUCGGUCAGAUUCCAUACCUUGUCUUGCAAUAGAAAUAUGGUGAAAAAAUGUUCCAAAUUCAGUUUUUUGGGGGGAUAUAGGUUUUAUUUUUAUCCUCAGAACAAAACUAGUUUGUAAUUGUCUUUUAACUGUUUUCAGUUAUGGAUCAUUACCAUUUAGCCAGGAUUUUUGAAUCACGUGGAAUCCUUUUUGUGCUUGCAUUAUGUUUGCAGUCACAUUUAAAAAUGGAAAAGAGAUGUUUCUGCCAUAGGAAGGUGUCUGGUAUAUCUCAUGUCGAUUAUGUAGAAAGGGAUGGUUUUAAGGUCUAUUUUGCUGUCUCAAAUUAUAGUGAUGAAUGAUCAGCAUUAAGAGUGUAUUUUCAGUGGUUUUACUUUCUCUA